AUGAACCCAACACAAGAAAACACAACACAAACACAACCUCAGCCAUCUAGUUCAUGGACAAACGAAGAAGCCAGCCUCUUCGCUUUCGAUGACUUAUACAUCACAGCAUGCACUGACGAAGGAAGUCAAACCAUAGACGUGGAGCCGCAACUGUAUCUUCAAAGCUUGGAGACGCGAGUAGCAAAAGCUCUAGCAUCGUCAAAAGGUUUUACUGAUCUUGUCGAAAUUGCAGAAGCUUAUGAUGAUGAUAAAAAGCUGAACAUCCGGUUGAAUACUACACCAGUUUCAUCCGAUGAGUUUGACGCCCUGAUUUCAGGAAUUGAGAAGAAAGAUAUUGCCAUGAUUGACACUGAAUAUGGUGUCUUCGAAGUGCCAAUUCCAACAGCUUCAGCUAUUCCAAAGUAUCAAAAGGUGUUAAACGCAACUGCGACAGCCGCCAUCAAAACACUACGCGACACGUCAUUAUUGAUGUGCAAACGUGGGGUCGAUGUAGCAAAGCUUGUCACACAUAUACAGAAAGUUAGUAAAUCAGCAGUCUCUAAAUACUCAAAAACUCUAGAUAGAAAAGACGUAAUGGAGUCAAUUCUAAGCGUCCUAAUCGUAGAGAGAGUUAAAGAAAGGCAGCUACAAACUAUCUGUAAUCACUACAGUAAACCGGAGAUGUGGGUAGACCCACUGACAUCGGGACUGUGGAUCGUCAAUCCAGACGAAAAUCAUCCUGCUAUUUUGGCAGCAAGGGAGAGAAAAGUUAUCUCCGCAUAUGAGUUAGACGAUAAUCUAACACAAAGUCUGAUCGCGUUAUCAUUUUCACGAAAACCGCGAGAUACGGCAGCUGCAAAGCUAAACCUGUUCUCACGCGUGAAAGGUAGCAAACGAGAAGACAUAAAAUCAGACCCAAAGAGAGUUCUGGCAACAGUAUUUUCGGAGUCUGAAUUAACACAGUCAGAAAUUAAGGCGAUGUUAUUUACUAGACCAAAAGAUCCUACAACAACGUGCCCACAUUGUGAUGUUCCCGUCGAAUUAGACGGUGUGACAUACCAUAAGGAGUGCUCAGUUGUAAAAUGGUUAGUGAAUCACUUCUUCUUUAAAUAUGACAGUGAACUAGAAAUACUAUCUACACAGAGAACCGUGUUUCUAGACCAUAACCAAAGAGCAAUGCUCGAGAUGAUCCAACGACAUCACCGCACGCUAAACCAACCUUUUAAAAUAAAAGGAGGAGCGAAAUACACAGUGAUGCAACGUGAAGGAAACACUCUUCGAACGCUCACUUCUUUAUCAACCAAUCCACACUUUGUUCCGGGCACAACCGAGUGGCUCGAAAAACAAAGAAAAGAGGAGGAAGCGCGUAAGCGCAGA